AUGGAAGUCGGAGAAAAGAAACGAUGGCAUGAUAUGUACGCUCCAGAGUGCAGGACUACGACUGAAGCGGACGCAGGUAGCCCAUCACCCGAAGUUGAUUUCCCAGAAAUGGUUCGAUGGAUGGACUUCCUGCACUAUGGUGGAGACUACGUUGGCAGGAUCCACGUUUUGCUGCGACAGGCUACCAAGGAGCUUGGGAUUCAACAUCUCCCGGCAGCUGUUGCUCAUGUUGAUGCACAGCUCAACAGGGAGGAUGGCAAACCUGGACUGAUCAUCCGGGCCGUAGAUGAGUGCAUCAACUGCCUCAGGACCUGGCCUGGAUUUCAAAAUGGUCAGGCUGUCGGUUCAACUGUGCACUCAAUGAUGCCACCCAUGCCACUCUGA